AUGCUCGAUUGCAAACUUAAUUACGGAGAGCAUAUAAUGAUGGCAGCAGACAAGGCGGCAAAAUUAGUAGCAACGCUGGACAGACUCAUGGCCAAUGUCAACGGUCCCCGACCGUGCAUAAGGCGACUACUUAUGCCUGCCGCCGAAGCAGUGAUGCUGUACGGCACGGAAGUAUGGGCCGAGCGCACGGUCUCAGAGCCCGCAGUGAUAGUUGUCGCCGGGAUAAUCCCGUUUGACCUACUAGCCAAGGAGAGACAAUUCGUCCAUCAGCAGAAGCCCGUUCUGUGGAAGGACGAGGUAUUAAAGAACGCCUGGUGUAAUUGCAUCGAAGCCUGGAAAAGCAAAUGGGAGCAGGAACCUAGGGGCAGAUGGACUGCCCGACUCAUCAGUCGACUAGAUAACUGGAUAAAUCGAGAGGUGCAAGAUGUCGAUUUCUACCUUACCCAAUUCUUGACAGGCCAUCGCCUGUUCCGCUCCUACCUCGCAAUAAUGAGGAAUGUAGCAGACGGCAACUGCCACUAUGGGGACUCGAUCAAAGACGACGCUCACCACACGUUCUUCAUAUGUACCCGGUGGAGCGCCGAACGAUUUACCUUGUAG